AUGAAUAUGGUGUAUUGGAAAGUAGAAUGAGCUUUUAUUGAAGUUAAAAAAACUUUAAAGAUAUAGUAAGUUAUAUUAUGUAAGGCAGGGUUACUGCUUGAACAUAGCAUGGCUACGGCAAGGCUAGAAAAAGGAUAAUGUAAGAGCGAGUAAAGUAGAGAUAUAGCUUAAACAAGCCAAGGAAAGGCUGAAAGUAAGCUAGGAGCUAAGGCAGAGGCUAGGGCGUGGAGCUAAAGCUAAGACUAGAAAAUGAACUAGGCGAUUACGCGGGGCAAGAGUAAGCAUAUAGAUAAAGUAAGGCCAGGGCAAAAAAAGGAAAAAGUUAGUACAGGGCAAGGCAAGGCAAGGCCAGGGCAAGGCCAGAGGCAAGGCCAGAGGCAAGGCCAGAGGCAAGGCCAAAGGCAAGGCCAAAGGCAAGGCCAGAAAGGCCAGAGGCAAGGCAAGGCAAGGCAAGGCAAAGCAAGGCAAGGCAAGCCAAGCCAAGCCAAGCCAAGCCAAGCCGAGCCGAGCCGAGCCGAGCCGAGCCGAGCCAAGCCAAGCCAAGCCAAGCCAAGCCAAGCCAAGCCAAGCCAAGCCAAGCCAAGCCAAGCCAAGCCAAGGCGAGCUAAGACUUAGGCUAGAAAAAAAACUUUUAGGAAUGUCUUUUUCUCUGAAUUCCAGUCUAUUUCCCAACAAAUCUUGCAUGUGCAAACGUUACGUGAUAGCUUCACACCGCUUCAUCAUCCAUUACUCCGCUCCGAGAUUUAGUGUAAAAACCGUUUCGUCGACGAUUUGUCUCUGUUUGUUGGGUUUAGCGCUACAAAAUUGAGUUGUUUCAGAACAAAAUUGGUUUUCUAUCUACUAUAAUAUAAAUUUCUGAACUAAAAUUUUUUUUAAUGCCGUUUUCUUGCUGUAAAAAUUUUUUCAUACUGUAAAAAAAGAUAAUACAUUAAUAUCAGUGCGAGAUUUGUCUACAAAACAUGGCGAAUAUGGAGCAGGUCUCGACUGUCAAUAAAAAUAAUAUGUGUUCGCUUGCUCUCUGUUCGCUUUGAAGGUCAUUCUUUCCAAUUUGAUUUCGUUUUUUGAAACAAUUCGAUGCUUUGUAAACGGAUUUAUGUUUGUUUAUCAAACUAAAAUAAGGGUUUAAUAAUAUUGUUUUACUGCUUUUUAUUAGGCUUAUUUCAAAUCUUAUUUAGGGCUUGUUGUAGGCUUGUUUUUGACUUACUACAGGCAUAAGUUUGGCGGAAAAAUGACUUGUUUUAGGCUUAUUUUGAGUUUUUUUAAAGUUUGUUUCAUUUUUUUAGGCUUAUUUUUAGGUAUAAUCAGGGCUUGUUUCAGGCUUAUUUUAGGCAGAUUUUGUCUUAUUUUAGGCGUUUGUUUGGCUGAUAGAAGUCUUCUUUUAGGCUUAAUUUUUACAAUUUCUACGACUAAAUCAGAGCUUGUUUUAGGCUUUUUAUAAGCAGAAUUUGAAGCUAACUUAAAGUUUAUUUUAGGCUUGUUUUGUGCAGUAUUUGAAGCUCAAUCAGGGCUUGUUUUAGGCGUAUUUAGGCGGAUUGUGUGGCUUAUUCAAGGUUUGUUUCAAGCUUAUAAUAGGCAAUUUUUAGGCUAUUUUAGGGCUUAUUUUAGGCCUAAUUUUGGCAGGUUUUUAGGACUUAUUUAUGGUUGAUUUUUGGCUUAAUUUAGGUGGAUUUUAAGGCUUAUUUAUUCCUUGUUUUAGGGACAAGUCUGGCUGAGAAAAUACUUGUUUUAGGCUUAUUAUAAGCGCGGGUUUGGCUGAGCGAGGGCUUGUUUUAGGCUUAUUAUUGGCUUUGAGGCUAAUUCAGCGCUUGUUGUAGGCUUAUUAUAGGUGUAAGUUUUAGGCUUGGUUUGGGCGUACUGUAGGCUCAUGUUUGGCUGAUAAAGAGCUUGCGUUAGUAUUGUUUUUGGGCUUGUUUAAGCCUAUUUUUGGCACAUUUUUGAGGUUUAUUUGGGGAUUGUUUUAAGCUGAUAUUAGGUUUAUUAUAGGCAUCUACUUGGCUGAAAAAGGGCUUAGUUUAGGCUUAUUUUAAUGAUAAUUUUAGGCUUACAUUAGGCUUUUAUUGAGGCUCUUUUAAAGGCUUUUUUUGGUUUAUGUCAAGACUUUCUGUAAAGUUUUAGGCUUAUGUGGGGUCUACUAUAAAAAAAUUUUUUUGACAUUUUUAGGUAAUGAUCAGACUUAUUUGAAGGUUUUUAUUAAGUUUUAUCCAAAGGCUACUGAAAGGCUCAUUUUAAGCUUUAUUUAAAGAUUUUUAGGCUUAACGACUUAAGAUUACUUAGAAUAUAAAAAAUCUUUUAAAAUUGCAAAACGUUUGUUUACAGACUUUUUUUAAAAUUUUUAUUGCGUAAAAUGAAUUUUUUUAAAUUUUUUGAAUUUUUUAUAUACAUUGAACAAAACCUUCGUAUUUUAGCCCUCAAACUUGUUGGAGUGGAUUGAAAUGGUGAUCCGAGAGCCGGAAGCCUACGAAGACUUUUUCGUUAAAGUGGACGGGAAAUGGCUGUUGAUCACGAAAGAGACACUGGCCUGGCAUCCCGGAGGCAAUGCCCUGAUCGCCUACAAGAACAAGGACGCCACCACUGUAUUCCACACGUUCCACGUUGGUUCCAAGAAGGCGUACCAGACUCUGGCUGAAAUGAGAAAGGAACAGGGCGAAGUUGUACCUAAUUUUGAGGUUAAAGUAGGUUAAUAUUGGCAUUUCGGGGUAGAGUAAGGUAGGGUAGGGUAAGAUGGGGGUAGGGUGGAGUAGAGUAGGGUGGGGUAAGGAAGAGUAGGGUUGGGUGAAAACUUUUGCUUUUAAAAAUGAAUUUUGAUAAUUUUAUGUCAAAAAGCCAAAUUUUUAAAAAAAUUUUAAAUUUUUGAAAUUUUGAAAAGUUUGCUUUUUAUAGGUAACAAAACUCGCUGAUUUCAAAUAUAAAGCUUAUUUUUAAUUUAAACUACUAUAAUUUACAUUUUUUGACUUCAGAACACGAAAUUUAAAAAUUUUGUUUUGGUAGCGCAGUGGGUAACGUGUUGGUCUAACGCGCGAAAGCACGUGGGUUCGAGGCUCACUAGAUAAGAAAAGGUUUUUUGUCUUUGUUAUAAUUAAAUUUACCGAUUGGAAGUUUAAACGUAUUUUACAAUUAUUUUUAUACAUUUUAAAGUAUAUUUUUAGUCUAUAGCUAAAUUAGAAUAGCGAAAAAAUGGUUUUUUAUCAAAAUUUUUGAUAAUUUUAACGUUUUUUGCGGUAAAAAUGAAGUUUUUGGGACUUUAACGUGAUGAAAAUUGAGAAAAAUUUUGAAAAUAGAUUAAUAUUUUGAUUGAAAGUACAAUUUUAAGUUCAGUUUAUUUUUAUUUUACCAAAUUUUAUCUCCAGGACCCAACAAUGUCGGACCUGUACGAUGUUAACAUGGGCAAAUGGGACUUGAGUGAGGAGAAAGCGAAGCAAAUCAAUGAGAAUUUCGACAAAUUUCGUAUGGAAGUUCGUGCCAAGGGUCUUCUGAAUGGUGAUAAUUUGUAUUUUGCUCGGAAGUUCACUGAAGCUGUUGGUCUUAUUGGUAUCGCGCUGUACCUACAGUACCAUCGUAUGUACAUUGCGUCGGCUUUGAUUAUGGGUUUGUCGUGGCAACAGUUGGGGUGGAUGAUUCAUGAGUAUUGUCAUCAUCAGCAUUUUAAGGUAAAAUACUUUGAUUUGAGGGUUAGUACCAGUUGGAGCUGUGAUAACAUAAAAUGGUACCAAGUGUACCAAUUGCUAUACAUUGAUGUAGUACUAUUUUAGUAUUAGUAAUACUCUGUUAUUUUAGUACUGGUAUUUACUUUAUUGUAUUAAGACCAUUAAAAUCCUUUUUAGCACUACUAGUACUACUUUAGUACUAAAACAGUACAAAGAUAGUACCAACAGUACUAAAAACAACAUUUUUGCCUAAUAACUUUAAAUUUACCACGCCCAACUUUAGAACCCUCUAUGGAACGAUUAUAUGAGCUACAUCGUUGGCAACCUACUACAAGGUUUCUCGUCGAACGGCUGGAAACAUCAACAUAAUGUUCACCAUGCAGCCACAAAUGUGGUCGGAAGAGACGGAGACAUCGAUCUAAUGCCAUUCUUGGCUACUGUCGCUUCGGAUUUGAAGGUAGGAGGGGAACAUGUUUAGAGUUAUUUCUUUCGGGCAGGCUAGGGUUUUCAGGGCAAGGUAACUUUUUUAGGUCAGUGUUAGUUUUUCAUAGCGGGGGUGGGUUUUGUAGGGCAGGGUUGGUUUUUUAUGGCAGAGUAAGAUAGGAGAUGGUGGAUUUUUUUGGUAGGGUAGGGUAGGGUAGGGUAGGGUAGGGUAGGGUAGGGUAGGGUAGGGUAGGGUAGGGUAGGGUAGGGUAGGGUAGGGUAGGGUAGGGCAGGGUAGGGUAGGGUAGUAUAAUCAAAUUAAAAACAAACAUUUCAGCUUUUGGAGGCUACUUCAUGGGUAAUGCAGAUGAUACCGUAUCAGCACAUCUACUGGACCUUCGUGAUGCCUUUCCUCCGACUCAGCUGGCUGGCCCAGUCGAUCGGUUUUGUGCUUUCCAUGGACACCAGCUUCUAUGAUGUGGGUUUUAAAACUAAAAUUUUGGUUUUUGAGUUACAGUAAUCUUACAGUAUACUCUAUUUUUCAAUUUUUAGCAAUUUCUCGGCCAAAUAAUGACAGUUUUCAAUGUUUAAAGGCAAAACCAAGGUAUUUAUUACCUAAAAUAAUCUUUUCCAAUCCAGGUACAUCGUCAAAAAGCCAAAUACGAGCAAAUUACUCUGUCGAUUCAUUGGAUUCUGGUACUUUUACAACUUUAUUUAUUGCCCGAUGUCCAGACUAUGGUAACAUAUUUCCUCGUUUCUCAAAUGUUUGGUGGAUUUCUGCUGGCACAUGUGGUUACAUACAACCACUACUCUACUGAGAAGUUUUCCUGUAAGUUUCGCCCGAUUUCUUACUGUAGUUUUUAAGUUAUGAAUCAAAAACGGCAGAAUUUUGCGAAACUUUUCAAAAAAAAAUUGAUUUUUUGGUUGAAAUUUUAAAUUUUAAUGCCUAUAACAAUGUCGUAUUGGUACCAAACUUGGUAUGGAUGUAGUGAAGGGUAUGGCAAUUUUAGAUAACUCAAGAAUUUUGGAAAAUUACCCUAGCCUGCAAGUGUACACCACUCGGAACAUGCGCCCAGGCCUAUUCAUCGACUGGCUUUGGGGUGGACUGAACUAUCAAAUUGAGCACCAUUUGUUCCCUACCAUGCCUAGACACAACUUAAAUAAGGUAAUCUAAGCAUUUUGAAACUUUUUUGAGAAAAAAAAAAAAGACCGGUCGAAAAUUUUUUAAAAAAAAAAUGAUUUUUUUGUUAGAAAAUAUGUAAAAUACGGGAGAUGGGUUAUUAAAAAACAAUUUUUGUGUAGGUAAUGCCCCUGGUCAAAAAGUUCUGCUCCGAAAACGACCUGCCCUAUAUGGUGGAUGACUACCUAACCGGCUGGCAGUACGAGAUUGAGCAAUUCCGAAAUGUGGCCACAAUCGCCGGCAAAAUCGUGAACAAAGUCCGAGAACCGAAAAAAGCAUUUUAA